CUCCACGAAAAUCUUAUUAUUUAGCAGUUCAAGUGUAGUGAAGGUCUAACUAAACUAGCAAGCAAAAGCAGUGAAAGUUGUGUUCAAGUUGAGAGAGGUCACCCGGAUAUGGUUCCCCCUAGACUGCAGUUAAGCCAGGUUAUAAUUCACCAAGUUCAAGUUCAAUGAUAGUUAUACCGCGGGAGGUUCUUAAACAGUCUGCAGUAUCGACUAAAGGUCUCCAGACCCUCUCAAUCUAUGUCCCCAGCGGGCGACUAACCUCCACCAGAGUAAACAGAUUGAGGCACUAACGAACCAAACCUCCUCUACUGGAGUAAAUCCGGUACAUAAUAGUGAAUUGACUCCUCGACUAAAUUCGUCAAUUCACUACCUUCAAUCAAGGAUGCUCUGUCAACCUAGGCAGAUAUUAUCUUUCUAGGUCAAAGCAGAAAUAAUAGUAAUUUGAUCAGGAUUCAUGCCAUUCAAGAAAUCAAACCUUCAAUUGAAUAUAAUCAAUAUCAAUGAAUUCGUACUUGGGUUCAUACAAUCAGACCUAACAUACAAAUCUAGGGUUCUUCAUACCCAGGUGAGUGAGAGAGUUUACUCCAUAGAGAGAGAAGGAAAAUCUAGCUCAGAUGAGGAAAACAUGAUGUGAAGGAUGAGAUUCUGCUUCUGGCAAUCAAUCGGCACUUCUCCAAACUUAAGCCGAGCUCCAAUGGUGAUGAAGAUCAAUCUAGGGCGCUUGGAGAUUCUGGUUCGUCACUCUCUCUCUCUCUAGGUAUCAGCUUUCUUUCUCUAAAACUCGGAACCCUUUAAAAAUUGGUCUUCUUUCCCUUAAAAAGCAGCAAGUCGCGAUCCCCAAGCCAUAAUACCCGGUCGUGUAUUUCAGGUGCCCGGUCGGGAAUUUCAAAAUGCACAGCAGCAGCUAGGGGGUUAAUACUCGAUCGAGGUCUAGAAUAAUACAUGAUCGGGUAUUUUAGCUCACCGGCCGGGACCCCUUCUGCCAUUUCGGAGUCCAAAACACUUUUCCCCGACCUCCCUUUGCAUUUUACCCAGUCGGGUAUUUUAACUCCUGACCGGGUAUUUUCCUCUUCCAGCGCCCCUUUAUUCCAACGUCCUCCUUUUGACCCGAAACUCGUUCCCACACCUCCAUAUCAACGCUAAGUCCUGAAAUAUGACAUAAACGCCCAACCUAGCGUGAAAUCGGCUUAAAACACGAGAAUCGACUCUCAAACGGCUCAAGAAUGGAGGUACAAACAUGUGCAAUUAAUGGUCUAUCACAACACUAGGCACUUCACAUCUCGUGUGUCUUCAACAAUCUUCUCUCAUUGACAUUGGAGAUAUCCUUGACACAAUGCCAUACUAUGUUAAUGAAUUCACGGAACUCAACAACCUUAUAGGAUGCAACAUCUAUGUCAAACUCGCCGACAACGUAAAAUGUCUCCCUAUAGGGAAGGUUAUAGAUAGCCUAGUUAAUCUUCUUUUCUUAUUUAAUGAGUCACGAGUUAGAAUUUUUUUUUUCCAGAGAUCUAGAGGAAAAUAUAGAUCUUUGAUUGUGUUACUUAUUUCCAUACUACCUUGUAUGGGAACUUCGUUGAUUCUAGAUCAUUUUCUUUCCCUAGGCAUUCGUACAUGCUUUAUGCAGAGAAGCCAUGCACUCGAUAUGGCUUUCGUACAAUUCUGCUAGGUCUUGAAAUAUUUAUAGAAGGACAUGUUUAAUAAUAUUUCUAUUUCCCACCUAGGCCCCCUUAAAAUUGAUUUUGUGAGUGAUUUCCCAAGAAACACUCUCUCCUUCCAGGUGAAGGUUUUCAUUGGUUUGAUAAUAGUGGAAAGUCAUUCCUGCAUUCUCCACCUACAGCCUCGAAAUGUGCAUAAUUCCAAAAGAUGUUUUUCACUUUGAGUAUUAGUGACAAGCGGCUACAUACCUUUCCUCUAAUACAAUCUCCAGUCAUCCAUUACGAAACACUAUUAGGGAAAUUCACUUGUAACAUUUUCCUCCACCAUGAUUCCUUUUCUAGCAUAAACCUACACAACCACUUCAUAGAAGUGUCGAUUUUAUGAGAAUAUGUCAUGGAUACCUAAAAUUCUCAUCGUCUUUAGUACUUUGCCUUAAUCUCAAGUGACUAAUGUAGUUUUUCUACUGUUGAGUUCCAGAUCAUAUAAAUUGGUUUCAGAUCCUUUCCACUAUGGAUAUUAUGCUAAAGCAUUAAAUAAUGAGCAUAAGAACAUGGGUUGAUUCUCCAAGCAUUAUUUAGGGUCACUCUCCCAACUAGUGCCAUGUAUAUUCCUUUCCAUCCGUCUAGCAUUUUUUUGCAUCCUUGUGAUUAUUGGGUUUCAAAUUGAGGUUUAGGUAGGUGGUGCACCUAUGGAAGCUCAAGGUAUAUGGUGAGCAUAAACUCCUAGUAACAUCCACCUAUCUCUACCUAUCCCGGUAGAGCUUAGUCUUUUUCAUAGUUACUCUAAAACCUAUAAUGCCCUGGAAAACACUAACAAAGCCGAUAUGUUGAUCACUUUAUCUUUAAUCGCGUCGUAGAGAAUAAUAGUGCCAUCCAAAUAUAGCAAAUGUGUUACUUCUCCUCUAUGUCAAACUUUGUCCAUAUAAAAUCCUGGGAUAUAUCUUGUAUUCUUUAUUGUUUUAAGAUGAAGGAGAACACAUCAAUGGUAUGACUGAAGAGAAGUGGUGAGAAGAGAAGUGGUGAGAGUGGGUCACCUGUUUCAAGCUGAGACAAUACUCUUGAACCGACCUUGUAUCUUGAAGUGACACUCCAAUCUUGCUAUGUCAAAUGCUUUUUGAAUUUCCAACUUAGGAUUAGUCCCGGUUUCCAGCUCUUUCUUCUUCUCUUUUGUAUCUUAUUUCUUCUUUCUUCUUUGUUUGUUCUCAUCCAUGUGGUGGAAGUAGGUUGUAUUCGUGUGCCCUUCUUUGAUCCAAAGUACUCUAGAUUUCUUCCUCCAAGAGAUCUCCUCAAAUAGGAGGACUCUCAUUUCACAUUUUAGCAAAUUUUGACAUUACUGUUUGAUUUUGACACCUGAUCUUAUUUCUCAUUGUUGUAAAUUACAUUAAUUUUCACGAGAAUUUCAUCGAUUAUUUUUCAACUUUGCCAAACUAUUCUACAUUCAACCUUUUGAUUAGGUUCUUGGAAUGUCUUAGUUUCUGGAUGAACAUGAAAAGGUUUGCACCAUCCCAUAUAUUCUCAAACUUUCAGGGACAGUGUGCUUUCUCUGUGUUGCCUCACUUCAUUAUGAUUGGGAUGUGAUCUACCUCAAUCAGGUCUAAAGCAGAGAUUGAUUCUGGUGCAAAAGCCUCAUCAAAUUUUGAUUCACUAAGCAUCUGUUGGUACAAAAGAGAGAGACAGCUACUCCACCGUUGCUCCAUAAAAAUCCAACCCGUUGUAGCGGCAAUUCUAGGGGUCCACAAGCAAUAAUUAGAGUUUAAAUUCCAUCAUCAUCUCAUUAUCCCAUGUUCAGCCCAUGAUGUCAUCUUUUGAUCUCACUAAAUUAAGUCUAUGGCACAAAGGGAUUUCAGGUAGUGCUGGCACGCCCUGUCUAAUUUAUGUAGAAAGGCUAGUUCCCCUUUUUUUUAGAACCAUAGACAACUAGAAUAGACAAAAUUUCAUGCAAGAACUUUUGAUCUCGCAUCAAUGGAGAAUUUUCCCUCUCAAGUUGCACCAGAUGGUAAUAGCUUUUCCGGUUUCCCCCAAUAAAUGAUAAUCUCUCCUUUGGUCCUCUUAGCAUCCUUCGUGACCAAAUCACUAGACCAAAUUUCACUGAUUUAACUCACAAGAAUAAGAGAAAAAGAACUCCAUUUUGACUUUGUUAGUCGCAUAACAGAGGGUGCAGAUUUGUGGCCCCAACUUACGUAUUUCAAUUUGAAGUUUUGAUCUUGGUUUGCUCUUCUUUUUUACUUUACAUUCCUUGACAAGCUCAUCAAUUUGGAAGUUGCAUUCAUUUUCAAGAUUGGUGGUUAAAAGGUUGAGAAAGUGCCAAAACUUAAGACCAAAAUCUUUUCUAUGUCUUGUUGAGUCAGCCACAACAUAAAGUGCGCUUUGUGCAAAGGGGGAAAAUAAAAUUUGCAGAGAGUUGGUACCGAAGGAGAGUCCCCUCGUUUACUCUUACAAACCUCUCUCUCAGUCUUUCUCUCUGUAAGGGUCACUUCCUCUCGCAUCUCCCCAGCUAAUAUUUUAUAUGCUCCUUUUUGGUGACCUAAGAAGAUUUCUCUCAAAACAGUUGGAUCUUGUGAAGUGAAUGAUUCGUGUGGAGUUCAGAAAAUCCCUUUUCAAUUUGGUAAAUUUGGAUAAAACAAAGGAAAAAUAAAAUUCCCAAAAGUAAAACAAAAGGAUGUCUGACAAGAUUUAUUCUCACGUCACUACGAAUUUUGAGUAAUGACUGGAAGAGGGAUAAAGAGGAAAAAGUCCCAAAAACAAGAACAGUUGACUCUCGAUCGCUUCUUGGAGUGCAUAUCAUUUGCUAUCCAUGGUAUAUAUGUAUCAUAUAGAUGACAUAUUCGUCGCUAGAAAAUAUUUUUCUCAUAUGAGAGAGAUUUCCAUAAAAGGAUUGUGGCAUGUAGCUACCAAAAGGUAUGAAGAAAGAAAAAGUCAAAAAGAUGGGAAAAGAUUACAAAAUGCCGCAAGCUAAGAAAUGAAAAGGUUAAGAAUGCCAAAAAUUAGAUAUUAAAUAACAAGCUAAAUGGACGUCUAAGCAAGUGAAUCAAAUUGUAUAGGUCAUCAACACUUAAUUCACAAGAGCCAUUUAUCUCGCUCGUAAAUGUAAGCAUAUCAUUCAUUUCGGGCCUAUCUCUUGCUUCUCGGUUUUAGUUCACAAACUUGCCGCCAUUCGUGGUUCCUAUUUGAAAGUUUCCACUUAAGAGCUUCAAAAUCGCAUCCAACAAAAUCAAAUAAUUAAUGUCUGUGUGAAAUGUAACUAAAUAAUAAUAAUAAUCAUCCAAUUCUCUUUCUUUCUCUCUGGCCCUUCCCUUUACGCAUCAUUGCAUGCUUUGUCACUUUCUUCAUCUUUAAUCAUCCUACUCAUGCCUUGCAGCCAUCAAUAGAGCACUGUAUACGUCUUCUAUGUCGUUCUAAUGAUUAAUUAACAUCAACACAAUGGAGAAGUUUUUGAGAGACAAUUUUGACGUCCAAUCCAAGCGGCCCUCUGAAGAAACUCUACGACGAUGGCGCUCCUCUGUCUCUGUUGUCAAGAACCCUCGUCGUCGCUUCCGCAUGGUCGCUGACCUAGCCAAACGUGCGGAAGCUGAGAAGAAACGUAAAAAACUCCAGGAAAAGAUUCGGGUGGCACUCUACGUGCAGAAGGCAGCAUUGCAGUUCAUCGAUGCUGCUGCUAUAGCUGCAUCAAACAAUAAUAACCAGAGCCGGGUAGAGUACAAGCUUCCUGAUGAUGUUAAACUUGCCGGUUUUGGCAUCGAUCCCAAUGAUUUGGGUUCCAUGGUUAGAUCUCAUGACAAGAAGGGCUUGGCAUCUCGUGGAGGAGUUGAAGGCUUGUCUAGACUAGUGUCAGUUUCACUAAUGAAUGGCAUAGUUUCUAGCGAUGUUCCUCUAAGGCAGAACAUCUAUGGCACGAAUCAAUAUGCUGAGAAGCCCGCAAGAUCAUUCUGGAUGUUUGUUUGGGAAGCUCUUCAUGACUUGACACUAAUCAUUCUCAUGGUCUGUGCUGUUAUAUCUGUCGGUGUUGGCAUUGCCACUGAAGGUUGGCCUGAUGGCAUGUACGACGGGGUUGGGAUAAUCCUCUGCAUAUUAUUGGUUGUUAUGGUUACAGCCGUGAGUGACUACAAGCAGUCAUUACAAUUCAAGGUUUUGGAUAAGGAGAAGAAAAAUAUUAUGGUUCAAGUUACUAGAGAAGGUUGCAGGCAGAAGGUUUCGGUAUACAAUUUAGUGGUUGGGGACAUUGUUCACCUCUCAAUUGGAGAUUUGGUUCCAGCAGAUGGGGUGCUUAUUUCAGGCCAUAGCUUGUCCAUCGAUGAAUCUAGCCUUUCUGGUGAGAGCGAGCCUGUGGAUGUACACAAAGACAGACCAUUUUUACUAUCUGGGACCAAAGUUCAAGACGGUUCUGGUAAAAUGAUGGUUACAUCAGUAGGGAUGAGGACAGAAUGGGGAAGACUGAUGGUCACUUUGAGUGAAACGGGAGAUGAAGAAACGCCAUUGCAGGUCAAGCUAAAUGGAGUUGCGACGAUAAUUGGGAAGAUUGGUCUGGCUUUUGCCAUGAUGACAUUCUUGGUUCUCCUAGGGAGGUAUCUUCUCACCAAGGCAAAUAAUGACCAGUUGACUGAAUGGUCCAUGGAUGAUGCCUUGCAGCUCUUGAAUUUUUUUGCUAUUGCGGUUACUAUUAUUGUUGUUGCGGUCCCAGAGGGGCUGCCUUUGGCGGUCACUUUAAGUCUUGCAUUUGCGAUGAAGAAAUUAAUGAAUGAUAGAGCUUUAGUGAGACAUCUUUCUGCUUGUGAGACGAUGGGCUCUGCUAGCUGCAUAUGCACUGAUAAGACUGGGACACUAACCACCAACCAUAUGGUUGUCAACAAAGUAUGGAUUUGUGGAGAGACGAAACUAAUCAAAGGUGGUGUUGCAGACACAAACAAGGUUGUCAAGUCAAUUGUCUCAGAACAUGUGUUUGAUAUGCUACUCCAUGCCAUAUUUCAGAACACAGGAUCCGAGGUCGUGAAGGGGAAAGAUGGGAAAACUAACAUUUUGGGGACUCCCACUGAGACUGCAAUCCUAGAGUUUGGAAUGCUUCUAGGGGGUGAUUUCAAAGUCCAUCGUAGGGAAUAUGAUAUAGUUAAAGUAGAGCCAUUCAACUCAGUUAAGAAAAAGAUGUCUGUGCUCGUAACACUCCCCGAACGAAAAGGAUUUAGAGCAUUCUGCAAAGGUGCAUCAGAAAUAAUCUUGACAAUGUGUGACAAGGUACUAGGCUCUGAUGGAAAAAAUAUUUCUUUAUCUGACCAGGAAAGGAAGAAGAUCAUGAAUGUUAUCGAUCAUUUUGCAUCUGAAGCUUUGAGGACUCUAUGCUUGGCUUACAAAGAUGUAGGGAAGGCUAUUUCAAAAGGUAGCAAUAUCCCUGAAGAUGGCUACACAUUGAUAUGUAUCGUUGGGAUUAAGGACCCUGUUAGGCCUGGGGUUAGGGAAGCAGUCAAGACUUGUUUAGCUGCUGGUAUUAAGGUUCGUAUGGUUACUGGUGACAAUAUUAAUACAGCAAAAGCUAUUGCCAGGGAAUGUGGCAUUUUGACUGAUGGUGGAUUGGCUAUUGAGGGUUUGGAUUUUCGAGAUAAAAGCUCUCGUGAGUUGGAAGAGAUCAUACCAAAACUUCAGGUUAUGGCUCGAUCAUUGCCCUUAGACAAGCACAAGUUAGUGACUCAAUUAAGGAGUGAGUUUAAAGAAGUGGUGGCAGUCACUGGUGAUGGAACAAAUGAUGCUCCUGCUUUAGCUGAGGCUGACAUUGGACUUGCCAUGGGUAUAGCUGGAACUGAAGUAGCCAAAGAAAGUGCUGAUGUAAUCAUAAUGGAUGAUAACUUCACAACAAUAGUGAAUGUUGCCAAAUGGGGGAGAUCUGUGUACAUAAACAUUCAGAAGUUUGUACAGUUUCAGUUAACAGUUAAUGUUGUGGCUCUAAUGAUCAACUUUAUGUCUGCUUGCAUCUCAGGUGAUGCUCCACUUACCACUGUCCAGUUACUUUGGGUGAACUUGAUUAUGGACACUCUUGGAGCAUUAGCUUUGGCAACCGAGCCACCACAUGAUGGACUAAUGAAGAGACCUCCAAUAGGUAGGAGCACAAACUUUAUUACAAAAGUAAUGUGGAGAAACAUCAUAGGCCAGAGCAUCUACCAGAUCAUUGUUUUGGCAAUCCUUCAAUUCAAAGGAAAAAGCAUGUUGAAACUUCAUGGUAGCGAUGCCACUGACACUGUGAACACCUUCAUAUUCAACACUUUUGUCUUUUGCCAGGUGUUCAAUGAAAUAAACAGCAGAGAUAUGGAGAAGCUAAAUGUGUUUAGAGGGAUCUUUGAUAGCUGGGUUUUCCUGGGUGUCUUGGUUUCGACAAUAGGGUUCCAAAUUUUGAUGGUUGAGUUGUUGGGGACAUUUGCUGGCACAGUGCCUCUAAGUUGGGAGCUAUGGGGGUUGAGCAUUCUUAUCGGAGCUGUGAGUUUGAUAAUUGCUCCUAUCCUAAAAUGCAUUCCUGUUGGUGGAAGAGAAGGGAAUGAAUCUUCAGGGCAACAACAUGAUGGUUAUGAACCUCUUCCCCGUGGUCCGAAUAUGGCUUAAAAGUGUUGGAAUCAAUUGCUUAGGGACAAGUAUCAGACAAAAAGAAGAAUCAAUUUGCUAGACCUUUUUCACUUAUUCACUUUUAUGAUUUAUUGGUAUAGGAAGUUUGAUUUUUGUCUUAGCAUUCUUCCUACUUUUGGUGCAUAUGUUCAUCUUUCCACAAGUUAUAGGAAAAUAUCCUCCUAUAAAGAAUUUUGUUAUUAUUUUUCCUUCUAACAUCUUUAUUUUCCUUUUUUCUCUUCUUUUGAAGUGUUUUCUUUGCCCAAAAAAUGUUAAGAAAAUGUAACUCUAGAGAAAUAAAAACUCUAACCCCCUUACAGCCUAAAGAAGACUACAAUGACCAUACUACAAAAUCAAUCGACACAAGCUCCAUUGAAGAUAUUGAUAGGGUUUUCCACAUCACUCUAUGACCAAAUCAAUUAAAGACACGAGAAACUUCCCUAUAGACUACACCAUUUGCAAAUGUGGAAGCCUGCUAGAAGCAUUCAUGCAAGAUCAUAAUACCCGGAGCACAUUAGAACAAAUAACCUUAUGGAGUUGACGAAUGAAAACCUCCAAGACACCGAUGAUGAUUACCAUUGCCUUAUGAUUGUUGGCUUCAAAGAAAAGGUAGCUUAAGCAGCAAGGAGCUUCGCAAUAUCAGUUUUACAAUGCAAAGAUGUAUACACCUCAAAGUCAACGAAACAAGUUUAUUAAAGCUAGGAACACCUAGACCUGACGAAUAAGAAUAUAGAAGUCAUCAGCGUCAAAGAUCUUUAAGAGGUCAUUACCGGUGGUGGAGGGACACCAAUGAGCAAGAUUGAAGGGAGGAAGAAAGGAUGAUGAAAAUUCUUAAAGAUGGAAAGAAAACUUCACACCUAAAAUGUAGACAUGUGCUCGAAUAAACUCAACAACCAUAAAACUAAUAAACUUACAUAUUCUCCACAAGAGGUACACACAUUGAAAUCUAGAGUACGGAGUGCAUAGGGCACAGGAACUGACACAAAAGAAGAUAGUAAUUAGCAACGAGUGUCAAAUGAAGACAACAUCUUAAACCUUGGAGUCGACCUCGCCAUCUGCACCCAAGUCGGCACCUGCGAGCUCUUCCAUGACGAUACACUUGCCCGUAUGGGACUCAUCCAGGCUAAAGGGGCAUCCCAUUCAUUGUCGCACUGUGUCAUGCUGGACUUCUCAAGCGAGUUUUUGCUGGUGAGGAGGAGCAUGUCGAGGAAGCUCAGAUGCCACCCCUUUCCACCAUCUGGUCCGAGCUAAACCGACUUCUUCAGCUUUUGGUGGUGAACCUUCCUCCUCCAUUGAUGCUAGGCUCACUUCCUUGGAGGGCCAGUACUCUCGCCUGGAGUCAUGCUUUGACAAAGAGUGGGAGGAUAGACGCCACUCUCAUUUCAUGGAGCCACAAAUGUUAUUCCAUCACGAAAUUGACUAUAGCAGAUUUGGUUGGGUUCCCUCCCCGUCUUGUCAGAAGGAUGAAGAUGGGAAAGACAACGAUUGAUUUAUUUCCAUGGGAUUGGCACAACUGAUACCACCACUCUUUCUACUCUCUCUUAUGACUCUUGAGUUUCUUUUGUUCAAGUGUGUUUGAAUUUGAACUAUUUUUUUCUCCUUGGACUGCAAUUAAUUAUGUUUUUGUAAUAAAUCCCCCCAUGUGAGUUUGUAUGUGUGUAUGCCUCUUGUUUUAGCUUCUCUCCCAAAACUAGUUCUAACUCCAGUACAACUCUUCAUUUGCCAUCUCGAUAACUUUGUUCCACCCACACUUAUUUCUUUCAUUGAGGGCAAUGUCAUGCUUAAGUGUGGGGGAUGCUGAAUAUAUGUGAUGAAUGGCGUGUGAAUGAAUAUUUAACCUAUCUUAUGAGUGCUUAUAGAUUAGAUGAAUGCCCAAACUUGAAAAUUUUGAGGAAUCUAAGUACAUGUGUAAAUGAAUGUCUUUUGGCCUACAUUGAAAGUGUUUUGAAACCUAGUAUUGUGUAUGCCAAAUUUUUAAAUUUGAGGGUUCCAAACACCUUGUCUUAUGCAUUGUCAUACUCAUUGUGCUUUGAAUUGUUAGAUAUCAUUAUGGUGUGAAAUCUAGAGAGGGUAGUGUAGCACUGUGGAGGAUGUUUAUACAUGAGAAAUCUAACCUCCAUCUCACCUUUUGUUGGUUGGUAUUGGUAAUUAGUGGUGUUAGAAUACUUGGGUUGGUAACUCUCUACCCUUAUGGACUCGAAAGGUUUUGUAACAAGGUGCUCAAUUCUUGAAUGAAUGUGCUUUAAAUAUGAUAAAGAGUGCCCCGCAUAUUGUGGCAACAAGGCAAAGUUCUUAGUGAAUUCGUUGAAGGGUUUAUCUAAAAUUAAUUUGCGCUCUAAGGAUGUGUAAGGGAGACAAGGAUAUUGUUUACGAACCUUCACCUAAUACUCUCCAUCCUCCUUUACACCUCUCAUGCUCAUGGGACUUGAUAGAGAAAACAUUGUUUCUUUUGAUCAAGUUGACAGACAUCGACUCUUGUUUAUUUCAAAUGUUGUGUCAACCUAUCGCUAACUUAGGCCGAUCGCAAUAGAUCGAUCCUAAGGAUGUAAGUGCACUUUGGGAAAUGUUGCUUAACAUGAGUCUAGGAUCAUCUUGUAUCCUACCCUUCUCUUACUACCUUACAUCCUAACUGUACACCUCUAUCUCUGAAUGGGCUAGAUAGGCAAGUGGAUGUCACUUCCACUCUAGCCAUGAGAUAGAGCACUUGUUUUUGCGAAACUGCAGGUUUGCUGCUAUGAGAGGAAAAUUUAAAUUUAUGCUCUAAAGUUUUACCCUUUGAAUUAGAAGAACCACCAAACGAGCCCAUGGUUUCUAACCUUUUUUAGAGGCCCUUCAUGCACGUAUCAAAUGUCUUAGCUCCACUAGUUGGCAAGGUCCUAGAUUGAGAGUGUGCUUCUCUCCGAAGUGGUAGGAAGAUUUCUUGUCUCUGUGGACCUCAUAAGUUUCUAAUUGACCCUCUAGUGACGAUCUUUAUAUCAAUUUAUUGUGGGAGGCUAGUAAUUUGCAUCGGUUUGAGAUAGGUUUGCUUGUGGGCAAGAAAACGGUUAAGUGUGAGUGAGUUUGAUUCAAGCGUAAUUAUACAUGUUUAUACCCUCUAUCCUUGAUCGUUUGGCUUAAUAUUUGUCUUUCUUUAGCCAGCUCCACGCUAAUUUGUGCUUGGUUUAGUAUAUUUCAUAUCCUAGUAAGUGAAUUGGUUGAAGGAAUAAUUUUCAGACCAUUUGGAGUCGAAAACGGAGACAAAUGCAAGAAAUUUCAGAUGUCACGGUUCAUUGCACAAAUGUCACGGCCCAAGCCGUGACAUCGACAAGGGAGGUCAUGAGAUUAGUAAAGCUCCAGGAGUUGAACCACGACAUGGAUCGUGGGUGUUGCAGAAUUCACAGUUUCAACCAUGACAUCCACAGAAGCAUUUGUUACUUGUGUAAGUGAAACAACACACUUUUGGCCGAUGUCAUGGUUUUAUGUUGAAAGUCCCGCCUAUGACGUGUGACCUUGAAUUGCGCACUUUUUGGUAUAAAUUGGAGCUGCAUCC